AUGGCCACUAUUGGGUCAAAUUUUGACCCCACUAUGGAUUUCCUAGUCAACCCCCAAGUAGUUGGCAUCAUCAUUCGACUAUCUAUCCCAGAUAAUGAUACCCACUGGCAGGUUUUUGAGAAUGAUGAACAAAUUGCUCUGUUCAUUCAGAAUUCAGGAGAGUUUGCACAUCAAUUACAGCCCAUGGUUAAGGAGGCGUACGGGGAUCAAAUCAUGCAGUUGAAGUCAAACAAGCUCCCUAAUGGGCUAAUCACCUUAGAGAAUCUUUUUGACAAGGAUGAUGCCAAACGUGAUAAGAGGAAGCUCACAGCUGAUAAAGGAGACUAUACCGAAAUGUCGGGACUUAAACCAAGCAUCCCUAAAAGACCACUACCCUCUGCCAUCAAUGGAAUAGUUGUUAAGCAUAGUGGUAGGAUUGAAGAUGUUCUCAAUGCUGGAUGGUUUCUUAGGUUACAUCAGGUUCUGGUGAAAGGAGAAGACCAGCAUAAGAUAGCCUUCACAACUAAAUGGGGAACAUUCGCCUAUCAAAAAAUGUCAUUCGAGUUGUCAAAUGCCAGUGCAACUUUCCAGAGGGCUAUGGACCUAGCUUUCAAAUAG